UUCACCGUUGUGUCGAGGUAGCAGUUAAUCGUAAGGUCUAACUGGUGACAAACUUAACGACUGUAUCAGGUUUCCACUACCAUAACCUUUCCCUGUCAAAAUGUUUAGACGAAAAUUGUCCAGUUUAGCUUCAAAAGUAAACGAUUCUUCGACGGUUCGGUUGCAACAAAAUGUGAGCAAAGUCAACUGUCGUGUGCCUCGGCGAUGUAAAGUGUUGAGUAUAGACAACAUGAAUCCUCAUGUGAAGACCAUGGAAUAUGCAGUGAGGGGACCCAUCGUCAUCAGGGCCGGGGAAAUUGAGAAGGAAUUGGCCAGUGGCAAGAAAAAGCCAUUCCUUGAGGUGAUACGAGCAAACAUAGGUGACUGUCACGCAACAGGACAAACGCCUCUGACCUUCAUCAGACAGGUAGUGACAUUAUGUGCUUAUCCAGAGUUGAUAAAAACAUCAGACUUUCCAACAGAUGCUAAACAGAGGGCCCAGAGGAUACUGGAUGGGUGUGGCGGGAAGAGUGUGGGAGCAUACAGUGACAGUGCCGGUGUUGAAGUCAUCAGACGAGAUGUCGCUGAUUACAUAGAGAAACGUGAUGGCCACCCUGCUAACUACACAGACAUCUUCCUCUCCACAGGAGCUAGUGAUGGUAUUAAGAGUAUAAUGAAACUGUUGAUGACUGGCAAGGGAGGUAAGGAGCGGGCAGGAGUUAUGAUACCUAUCCCACAAUACCCUCUCUACACAGCCACCAUUGCAGAGUACAAUGCAUAUCCGGUAAACUAUUACCUGGAUGAGGACAAUGGCUGGGCACUAGACAUUGAUGAGUUAAAGCGGUCUAUCAGUGCUGCACGACCAGAGUGUAAACCUCGGGCUAUAGUUGUCAUUAAUCCAGGGAACCCCACAGGACAAGUUUUGACAAGAGAGAACAUUGAAGGAAUCAUACGCUUUGCCAAGGAGGAAGAUCUAUUCAUUUUAGCAGAUGAGGUUUAUCAGCAUAACGUGUAUGCUGAAGGAAGUGAGUUCCACUCGUUCAAAAAGGUGCUGAGAGAGAUGGGUGCAGAGUAUCAGGACAUGGAGCUGGCCUCCUUCAUGUCAACAUCCAAGGGAUAUAUGGGAGAAUGUGGGUUCCGUGGUGGCUACACAGAAGUCAUCAAUCUAGAUCCAGAUGUCAAAUACCAACUUUCCAAAUCUGUGUCUGCCAAACUCUGCCCUUCAGUUAUAGGACAGGCCUGUAUGGACACAGUGGUCAACCCCCCUGUGGAAGGAGAACCAUCCUAUGAGCUGUUCAUAAAAGAAAAGAAUAAUGUUUUGGGGCUGUUAGCUCAGAAGGCAAAAAUGGUGACAGAGACCUUCAAUGCUAUUGAGGGUUUGAGCUGUAAUGUGGUCCAGGGGGCCAUGUACGCAUUCCCCAGGGUAGAGAUUCCAGAGAAGGCUAUCGCUGAGGCAAAGUCCUCAGGUAUGUCCCCUGAUGCCCUGUACUGUUUCCAGCUGUUAGAAGAGACUGGUGUCUGUGUUGUACCUGGCAGUGGGUUUGGCCAGAGAGAAGGCACGUUUCAUUUUAGGACAACUAUUUUACCCCCUGUGGACAAAUUACAAGUAUUACUCAGUCAUUUUAGGGACUUUCACCAAGGAUUUCUGCAGAAGUACCAGUGAAGUUUACAGUUGUCUCCCUUGAUCCGUUAGAUAUUUUGUCUUUUUAAUUCAUCAUAGAUGUACAUGUAUGGUCUAAAAAUAGGGAAUUACAGAAUGGCUUGAAAGAACAUGAUAAAAAGUAUGUGCAAAUUUCAGAUGAAAUAAGUUUGGAGAGGUUGCUGGAAAAUCAAAUAGAAAUGUUUCCGGCACAUUGAUCUGAGUUAAGUUUCAGUGCAUUUGUUGGUUGACAGAAAUGAACGUAGUAAAGUACAGAUAACAUUUAUGAGGCUGUGGUGAGGAACACUAGAAUAACAUGUAUCAACCGAUGCAGAGAACACAGAGGGAGUUGAACAGGAUGGACAGAUGCUGUUAAUAGGAUUCAAUCAACAGCACAGUAUUUUACACAGUAUAUAUUGCUCACCUGUUAAUUUAGGUAACGGGCAUUGAUUGCCAUGCUAAAAAUGUAUAAUAACACAGGGAAAAGGGAUCUGAGAUACUCAGAGAUAUAUGGGGAAUCCCCAAAUCUCCUUCAUGUAUCACAUUUAUCUCAGUGUUUAUUGUGUCUUCACUUAUCUUAACCCAUUAAAAGGUAACAUUUGUAAAAAUUAAUAUACUUUAGCUGUGAGAUUUUGAUGUAUUAAACUGAUUGCUUUAAAAUUUACAUGAAAUCUACAUUUCUGCACAUGUACAUCUACACAGACCAUGGAUUAGCUUGACUUACUGCCCAAUUAUUAUGACAUCAUCUUGAUAACAUGUCACCUUUUCUGAUGUUUAUUCAAAUCAGGUACACAGAAAAGCCCAUAUUUCUUUAUCCAUACCAAUUUCAUUGAAAAGUCCAUAUUGGUGUUAAUUUUGGCUUAGUGAGGUUUGUGGCCUUCAAACUUGAGAUUAUCAUAAUAACAUAGGAUGAUGUUUGCUCUGGUUUCUGUUGUCCCUUAACCAGCUUCAGCAUGCAUCAAAUUACAAAACCUUCAGUGUACUGCCAUUUUAUAUUUGGCUUGGAUUUCAGACAAAUUUAAAUCAUCCAAUACUCUUCCAAAUUCAAAAUUUCUCUCACUCUAUGAAACAAGAAAACUGGCAAGUAUGUGGUCACAAGAUAGGAUGCAUUUGCAUUUUAAAAGCACGCCUCACAAUCAAGAAUAAGAACAUAACCGUUUCCAACAGUGUGUCUGUCUAGUGGAUCUUGGUGCAGCUAAAAAAAGAGACACAGUCUAGACUAACUGAACACACAAAAAAAAAUGUAUCUCGAAACUGCUGUCAGCAUUUCUCUUUGUCAGUGUUCCUGAAAAGCAAAACAACAAAAGGCAAACACAUGAUUGUACCUUAAUUAGCCUGUUCUUUACACUUCCAUAUCCUGCAUGCUAGUGAUCUUUACAAUCAGUCAAUCCUCACCACUUGCUGUACAAAGUGUACUGUUAGUGUUUGAGGGGUUCAGAAGAUACGUGCUUGUGAUUAUUGUAAAUAGGAUAUUUGCUGAGUCAAAUGUGUACAUAUCCUACAACAUAGGACUUUUAAAAAUUAUUUUUGCAAUUUCUUAAUUAUGAUCAUACGUAUGUUGUGUAUGUUGUAUUUUAUAGGAAUGUAGAUUUUCAGACAUCCAGGAUAGUACACUAUCAAAGAUAACACUAUAAAAUUGUUCUACUGGACAAUGUAUAUUAUUUAAAGACGUUGUGGCAACAACCUAUCGACUUCAACAGAGUAAGGUGUUAAACAAAAAGAAUUCCUAUUUAUAUUGAAGUUACAUACAACAACAAGGUGAGCAUACCAGUAUGUACAAGUUUCAUGGUGAACACCGUUCACGUUCAUGGUUGAAGUAUACAAUGGGUCUAUACAAUUUAAAACAGUGAGACAACAGGAGCUAGUAUAUAGUGACCGAAUUUGAAUAUUAUACAGUUUCACAUCAGUGAACAAAUUUUACCAUGUUGAGGUAAAUUUGCACAAGCUAAUUAACAUUUUUAACGUUGUCACUGCAACAUCAGUAAAUAAUAUACAUUGUCCGGUAGAACAGUUUUAUAGUGUUAUCUUGUUUAUCGUGUUGUAGUUGUUGGCAAGACAGAUAUCUAUUAGUAGCCUGAGUGAUGUCCACAAGCAUGGACUAUGAACUGGAACCUUUCAAGAACACAUUAAUGCAUUUAGUUUUUGUAAUUCUUACCCAAUGUUUGAAGCAAUUUGGACAAGUUUGGUUUGUCAUGCUCAUAGGGUCUUGUGAUUUCCCCCUGCAGGAUUCAAUAAAAUAUCAAAUGGCCCAAAAUUUAUUUAAAAAAUCAGAUGAAAUUUGAAUGAUGCAGAGUAGUGAUGUUUACAAAUUUUCAAGCUUCAAAUUGGCCUAUUUUUUUCUAAAUGAUGCCUGUUUUUUUUUUUUCAAAUAUUAUAGAAUUAAUUCAGUCUUCUAAAAAUUCAAAAAAACGUUUUGUCAGAUUUUUCUUCUAUGUUACAUUGAUGACCAAAUAAAGUUAUGCCUCAGAGACAGUAAAAUUUAUUAAAAAUCCACAGUUAACGGGGUUUAAAAAAAAUGAAGUAGGAAAACACACUAAUAUUUGACAUUCAUCCAUAUACAUGUACAUCCAGUUAAAACCCACCUACAGUACACCAUGUUACCAUUAGCUCCUUAGUUUUGUAUGAAGACCUCCUUGAAUUAGUCUUUGUUGUGUAUUAUUUUGGACCUACUUGUGCAGUUAUAUGCAGACAGGCCCACAACUAUUCCAUUGUCACAAAAGAGAACAGUGAGUAUCUCAAUGUGGGCUAGGAUUUCCAGCUGUGAGCUGUGGUCCCGUUGAUCGAAUGAGCUGAAUCACGUGACAUAUAUUUGUCCAUCAGGCGUGGGGUGUGAAUGUUCAAGCUUACUUGUGUAAAUGACAUUUAGAAUAAAUCAUGUAGCAUAAUGACUUUACUGUCGAACUCAGUACGUGGAGAUCGAGUCGAGCUGUGAAGAAACCUGAUAUAGUGACAGGUGAUUUACUUUGUCUAUGUACACUUCAGACUUUCGUAUGAAUUGUCAUACAAAUAGCGCUGCAAGGUAAAGUGUUCUGAAGUUUCAUUUUCAACAAGAGUAAGAAAAGAAAGGAAAACGUAAGCGGCAAGUGUUGAAAGGCCUGCGUGAAAAGAAUAUUUACAAUUUAGGCUUUAAAUGUUCGAGAGAAAAAGCAUCAAAACGGUAAAACAAUGGUAUCUUUUUGGGGAGCUGGAAAAGUUACAAUGUCACUGAACAGUCAGAUGCUGGAACAGAAACGGGAUUUAAUAACAACAGGGACACGGACUCGCCGCACAAUUGAGAUCUAAUCAGGACCCACGUCGACCCCUCAGAUAAUGCCGUGACCAUAUACAUUUGGUAUUUAGCGAUGCUUGUGAAGGAGAUCUUUAAGAAUAAUCAGAAAAUAAUUUAAGAAAAAAACAUGAGUGACAGUUUUUGUGUAUGUGUAUAUAUAUUUUAAAUAAAAGUGAGCGUGUGGUGAGCACAUGCGCAGUGUUGAAACAUUGCAAAUACCAGCAACAGUUUUAGAUGCAGAUGGUACCGUUACUUCAUAUAUGAUAUAUAGGGGUUUCAUCUCUUUUAUAACAAUCUAAAGGCUUGAAGAGAAAAUUGUAGAGGCGUUUAGAAUGAUUUGUUGGUUCUGUAAUAUGUCAAAAAUAUGGUAAUGUUCAGGGCUCAGAAUACACAUCACGAAUAAGUGGACCAUUUCCACACCAUUCACUCUUUAGCCUGGCCGCCUCCCCAAGGAACUUCCAAGCCGGUCCAUUUUUCAUAAGGAAACAAAGAUAUUUCCAUCCACCAACAGAAAAUUCAAAAUUUUACAUAUACUACUCACAACCCCCAACCCCUGACCGUCAAACAGAUUCCCAACACCAUUGCAUACCAACAACUAAAUGACCAAGAAUUUUGGAUAGGUAAAGAUCAAUACUUGUGAUUAUGGCGCUUUUUGGUGUGCUAGAGCCGAUCAGGGAAUUGAGUAAUCAUAAAAUAAGUUUUUGUUUAAUGCAGUACCACUAUACAUGAUACGUAGCAACUAACAAUGACUUAUAGUUAAACUUUCUUGUUUGUAGAUGUGGCUAUACUGUAUCUUCGCACUAAUUAUGAUGGAUUUCCCCUUGUUGGUUUUCAGAUUUUAUACCUUUACAAUCAUGUAAGAGAAAACAAUCGAAGCUAAAAAUUUACCGUAAACUGCAUAUCUUAAUACCUCCACAAGAAAGAAGUAGCGUUAAUGAUAAACAAAUAAUUUCAAAUGUUAUUUGAACAAGUCAGUGUAAGUAUACAUUGUGGGUUUACUUCUACUUUCUUAUAGACUUGCACUGGAAGUUUUGUACAUGUAGCUGCAAAUUUCGAAUAAACAUUUUAUGUUGAUUAUUCUAAUCAAAAGAUAGUGAAUCACAACGAAAGUAAGGUCAUUUAUCAAGCAUUUCUAAGGAAAGCAAUCUCAUUUGUAUUAGAACAUGUUACGGGCAACACCGAGUACUUGUGCUAUAAUGGUGGUUUUAAUGUGAAGGCAGCGUAUUUCACAAGCCGUUGAUACUGUGAGCAAUUUUUCCUGGGGAAGCAAAUCUAUAUUUGGUUACAAAAGAGAGUUGUAGAAAUAUUUUCCUUCAUGGAGCGUAUUGGGACUCCGAUCUCACAAGAGCCUGAGUCCGGGUUUUAUGUAUAUAGUAAUACUUGUAGGCUUGUAUGCAGAAAAUAGAUUUAGGUUGAACGGAAUAA